GAACCAGUCUGUCAGUGUGUAAGGAGGUGGUUGAGGUUCCACAAGAAAAACUCCCACGCCCUAAACUUCGAAAUUAGUCCAGGUUUAGUUUAGGAAAUCAUGCAACUUCCGGUGGUAACAUGGGGUCUACUUGUGCUGUGCUUACCGAAGUUCUCUGUCGCUGUUACAAGUCUUCAUCGCAUGAACGUGAAAAAGGACCUUGUCACAAUGAGUGGUCAUUCUGCAGGCGGAUCUAUGGCGCAAACCAUGUUUGUCUCAUAUUCCUCACGGAUUAAAGGAAUUGCUACACUUUCGCACACUUUCUACCGUUGUGGACCUGGAGUACUUCCAGAUGCAAAUUCUACUCUACAGCCUGACGACCUUUUCGAUAUCUCCUGUACCAAUUUGUUUAACCCCCUCGUGAGCGAACUGUACGAUCCAAACGAUGCGAUUGCCGACAUUCUCAGCUAUUUUCAACUCGGACUAAUUGACGACCCUAAAAACAUGGAGGGCAAACCGCUCUACGUUUUUUCUGGGUCUAUGAGCUAUCUUUUCCCACUUCAAAUGGGCCUAGGACCAGCCCAAGUGUUUCAACCAUUCAUCAAGAAUAAAGACAUGAUCAAAAUUGCUGUGUUCCCUGCAAAUCUGACACUGCCCAGCAAUAAACCCGGACUUCCAUCUUGUUCCGGUCCUCUGGACGCACUUCAAAUUGCAAAUUGUGGAUUUUCCGCAGCAUUCGAAUCGUUACAAUGGAUCCUUGGAAAGAAAUAUAUUCGACCCCCAUCAAAAGUCUUAAAACUUCAACCCCUUCUGGAAUUUGACCAAACCGAAUUCUUUUACGGUUUUGGGGAGAACGUGUUCGACGACGAUCCCGUCAUGGAUUCGAUAGGAUAUUACUACAUUCCCAAGGCGUGUCGAAUUUAUGGGCAUAAAUGUCUGCUCCAUUUCUAUUUUCACGGGUGCAUGACCUCUCGAGACGUCGUUGGACCUAAUCACGUCCUUAAUUCGGGAUUCUUAGAGGUAGCCGAGACCAACGGUAUCAUUAUGAUUUUCCCUCAAACGAGGCAAUCUGUCCUGAGUACUUUACGCUGUUGGGACGUGUACGGUUACACGGGAGACUUUUUCGCAACUCAACUCGGUGCGCAAGUCAUCGUCAUAAAAAACAUGAUGGAUCGAAUCAUGGGUCCCGAUGAUCCUUACGAUAAGAAACCCGCACCCACUCCGGAGGCUGAACCAGCAGAUUAUUAUACGAGUCCCAAACCCGUCAAAAAUUUAGAAGUGUCACCCGAGUUGCUGCGAGCGUAUGAAGAUGACGAAGACAAUGUUUUACAAAAUCCAGCCCCAUAUCAAGACGUUGGUAGAAAAAAUCGUCACUGUACGUUGACCAGAGUUAGUCCGGAUACGGUGCUGAAACGCUGCCGUCCAGCGGAAUAAGUUGGAACGUUUAGUUAAUAGGCAUUUAUUUAGAUACAUCAAUGUUAUGUUAUUGGCUGUUAAUUGGAGUAAAAUAAACGUUAAAGAUGACACAAUGACUCGUA